AUGCUUCGCAAUAUCCAUUUAACAUUGAACAUUGGACUACUACCACGGCUCUUCUUCAAGAAGCCACGCUGGUCACGGAUUGAACGGCCGCUGGAACGGCUGUGGCGACCGCGUGUGGCCAAGGCCGAUGGCCGCCAGGCCCAAAAGACCCUGGCCGCCCACUUUCCCGCCUUUUUUCACACCAACAUCCUCACCAUGGCCCCCUUCAACAUCCAGUCGCAAGACUACCGCGACUUGCUCGACAUCAUCGACAACCUGCGCUCGCAAGGCCUCGACCGCUAUGUGGCCCUGCCCGAAAUCAUUGUCUGCGGGGACCAGUCGUCCGGCAAGAGUUCCGUGCUCGAAGCCAUUUCCGGUCUGUCCUUCCCGACAAAGGACAACUUGUGCACCCGCUUUGCCACGGAGCUCAUCUUGCGUCGUCAUCCCGUGGCCAGCGUGGCCGUGUCCAUCAAGCCGCACCACGACCGCAGCGCUGGCGAAAAAGAGCGCCUGCAAGCGUUCAGUGCCGACGUCGAUCCCAACGACCCCGACGUCGGGCCUGUCAUUGAAGCCGCCAAGGCGGCCAUGGGACUUGUCGACGGCGGUGGUGAUGGCGGCGCCAGCGGUGCAGACAACCGCAGGUUUAGCAACGACGUCCUGCGCAUCGAACUCUCCGGCCCGCAGCAGCAGCAUCUGACCCUCGUCGACCUGCCCGGUCUCUUCCAGGCGGGCAACGCCGAGCAGUCCGCCGACGAAGCGCCCCUGGUCCGCCGGCUCGUCUUGGACUACAUGACACGGCCCCGCAGCAUCAUCCUGGCCGUCGUGUCGGCCGCCUACGACUUUGCCAACCAGGCCCCCGACAAGCUGGACGAGGGCUCCGACAGCGAGCGCGCGUUUGUCAAGAUGGCACGCAACCGCGACGUGCACCUGCAGCUGGGCUGGCACGUCCUCCGCAACCGGGACCACACCAUGCGAGCGGCGUCGAGUGCCGAGCGCGACGCCAAAGAGGCCGCGUUCUUCACGGCCCCCGGAAGCGCCUGGCGCACCGUCGAGCCCGCGCACCUGGGCAUCGGCCCGCUGCGGCCCAAGCUCAGCACCGUGCUCAUGGACCACAUCCUGUCGCAGCUGCCGGCCAUCCUGGCGGAUGUCGAUGCUCUCCUGGCCGAGUGCCGCCUGGGUCUGGCACGGCUGGGCUCGCCGCGGGCGACGGCAGGCGAGCAGCGCCAGUACCUGUCGCGCAUCAGCAGCCAGUUUUCGACACUGGUCACGGCGGCUGUCAACGGCAGUUACACCGACGCGGCCUUUUUUGGGAACGUGGAGCCGCGCUCGGAGGAGAGGGAACACACGGCUGGCGUCGAAGAGGAGGAAGACGACGACGUCGCAGAAAAUCCAAACACGCAGGACAACAAACAAGACCACACAGGCUACCGCCGCCGUCUCCGGGCCGUCGUGCAAAACCGCCUCACGCGCUUCGCCAAGGACAUGCACAAUCGCGGACAGACGCGCAAGAUUGUUUGCGACUCUACCAGCGAUGAGAGGAUCGAGCACAGCAACGGCAAAAGGAUCCGCCGCGACGACUACGUCGACGAGGUCAAGACGGCGAUUGCCAUGUCCCGCGGCCGCGAGCUGCCGGGCACGUUUAACCCGCUCGUUGUUGGCGACCUCUUCCGGGACCAGUGCAAGAACUGGGGCCGCCUGGCCGACGAGUGCACCGAGAGUGUCCUGCAGUCGUGCUUUGCCGCAGUCGCCGCCACCCUGCGCCACAUCACCGUCCAAGACACGGCCGAGAAGAUCCUGCAGAGCCGCAUCAACCCGGCCAUGACCACGCUGAAAAAGGACAUGGCGGACGCGACAGACAGGCUGCUGGCGGCCAACAUCACGGGCCAUCCGGUGACGUACAACCACUACCUGACGGAGACCGUCCAAAAGGUGCAAAACGAUCGUCUGCGGGCCUCGCUUAGCAAUGUCCUCUGCAGUUACAGCCGUGACGACGGGAUGACAAUACCUCAUUCGACCAUCGAGACACUCCUGGACAAGCUGCUGCGCGCCACCGAGCCCGACAUGCAGCGCGUCGCCGCCUCCAACGCCAUCGACUACAUGGAGGCCUACUACAAGGUCGCCCUCAAGAGCUUUAUCGACAAUGUCAGCGUUCUCGUCGUCGAGCAGUGUCUGCUGAGCAAGCUGCCAGGCCUCUUCCCCCCCGACACGAUUUAUGCCAUUGCGGACGACGACAUUCGCCACCUCGCCGGCGAGAACCCAGAUGCCACGGCCGAGCGGGCGCGUCUCGUGGAGAAGAAGACGUGUCUCGAAGCGUGCGAGAACGAGCUGCGACGCCUGGACAAGCACCGCGUCCCGGCCGCAGACGAGGCAGAAGACGGUACGUCGACGACUGACUAG